GGCACCCACGCCGCCUGUCAUGGAAGGGGUUGCCGCCAGCCUGUCUGCCAGCGACACUGAGGAAACUACUCAAAGAACCCAUGCGAGUGGGACUUUCGACUUCCUCGACCGGACUCAGCAUUCAGGAAUCACAACAGACUGCGAUACCUGUGUGGAAAUAGAGGACAGAAAGGUUUCAAGACAACAGAUGAAUUGUGAAAGAGAGCAGCUAAGGGGUAAUCAGGAAGCAGCCGCCGCCCCGGACACAAUGGCUCAGCCUUACGCCUCGGCCCAGUUCGCCCCCCCUCAGAACGGCAUCCCCGCGGAAUACACGGCCCCUCAUCCCCACCCCGCGCCAGAGUACACGGGCCAGACCACCGUCCCCGAGCACACGCUGACCCUGUACCCUCCUGCCCAGUCGCUCUCGGAGCAGAGUGCCGCCGACACCAGCGCGCAGACUGUCUCCGGCACCGCCACACAGACAGAUGACGCAGCACCGACGGAUGGCCAGCCCCAGACACAGCCUUCUGAAAACACGGAAAAUAAGUCCCAGCCCAAGCGGCUGCACGUCUCCAAUAUCCCAUUCAGGUUCCGGGAUCCGGACCUCCGACAAAUGUUUGGCCAAUUUGGUAAAAUCUUAGAUGUUGAAAUUAUUUUUAAUGAGCGAGGCUCAAAGGGAUUUGGUUUCGUAACUUUCGAAAAUAGUGCCGAUGCGGACAGGGCGAGGGAGAAAUUACACGGCACGGUGGUAGAGGGCCGUAAAAUCGAGGUAAAUAAUGCCACAGCACGCGUAAUGACAAAUAAAAAGACCGUCAACCCUUACACAAACGGCUGGAAAUUGAAUCCAGUUGUGGGUGCGGUCUACAGUCCCGAAUUCUAUGCAGGCACGGUGCUGUUAUGUCAGGCAAGCCAGGAGGGACCCUCCGUGUACACUGGCCCCAGUUCUCUUGUAUAUACUUCCGCAAUGCCCGGCUUCCCGUAUCCAGCCGCCACCGCCGCGGCCGCCUACCGAGGGGCGCACCUGCGUGGCCGUGGCCGUGCCGUGUACAACACCUUCCGGGCCGCGGCGCCCCCGCCCCCGAUCCCGGCCUACGGCGGUGUUGUUUACCAGGAUGGAUUUUAUGGUGCAGACAUCUAUGGUGGCUACGCUGCUUACCGCUACGCCCAGCCUACCCCUGCCACUGCGGCUGCCUACAGCGACAGUUACGGACGAGUUUAUGCUGCCGACCCCUACCACCACACACUUGCUCCAGCCCCCACCUACGGCGUUGGUGCCAUGAAUGCUUUUGCACCCUUGACUGAUGCCAAGACUAGGAGCCAUGCUGAUGAUGUGGGUCUCGUUCUUUCUUCAUUGCAGGCUAGUAUAUACCGAGGGGGAUACAACCGUUUCGCUCCAUACUAAAUGACAAAACCAUAAAAACCUUCCAAUGUGGGGAGAAAGGAAGCUUUCCGAGGCCUGGGUAUUGCAAUACAUGCAGUAGUGCAUCAUUUUAGCAACUCUAAAAAAAUAAAAAGUCAAAAGAGGAAAAAAAUUACAUUUUUUAUCUUAUACCUCAGAUAUUUUGUUCUGUGUAUUUUAAUAUUGUGGGUCUUUAAUUUCUGAAGGUUCCGUAGUUUGGUCGCUGGCUGUAGGAGUUUCUGUGGUUGACCUAGAGAGAUGCUAGAUAUGAAUAAAAACUGGUUUAGGGCCAUAUCCAGAGUGCUAUAUCCUGUAAAUGAAUUCUAUAUGCUGAAUAUUAAGCUACUGGGGUUAUCAGCUGUUGGGAAAGAGUGUAAGUGACUGCAGUAGUCAUUUCUUUCUGCAUCUGCAUUAUUUUAUUUUAUGAAAGGGGAAGGGUGGGAGGGACGAAGGGGAUUGGGACUGGGGUUUGGCUGAAAGCAAAACAAAUUAGUAACUGAUGAAUCUAAACGACCCGCUGCACCAACGAUCCCGUAUCACCGGUUCUGAGUUACUCAUUGUCAGUUCAAGCCAAAGGUGACGUGGGCAAGAAGGGGUGGGGUGGGAGGGGUUAGCAGCGCAGGUGAACCUGAGUUAAAGGAAACUGUGCAAACCCACCCUCAACACUGUCCUGCCGGCAGCCUCUGCUUCUCAACCAGCCGGUAGUUAUUCAGGCCAAACCCGCUAGUUAGACCAUCCACAAGCAUUCUUUUUAUAUUUCUUCCAGUCUAACAAAUGAUUGAUAUCAUUGCUGACUUUUAUAUUAUGGGAGGGAAAAAAAAAUAACAUUAAUAAAAAGGUGAUAAAAAGCACUGUUUCUAUUUUUUUCUUUUUUUCCAAAAAAAGAAAGUAAUAAAAACUUAAAUUCUUUGUACCAGUUAAAAAAAAUGUAUAAAAUUUACAUCUGUGCAGUGGAGUUGUUAAGUUCUAGAAACAGUCUAGGAAGCUUUAGUUUUAGCCUAGUUACAACAAUUGUUAGAGACAGACGUAUAAUUUUUAUGGAAUUACAUGAUAAUCAUAUUCGGAUUUCUAGAAGCAUUUUACAAGUAUUCCGAUCGUUGAUAGAGAUAAUCGUGGUGUUUUCAUCAGCUUGGUACUUUUGACACCCGACUGUGUUAUGUGAGCAAUCUGCAAUUUUUCAGUCCGUGAGAACUGCCCUCCACUCUUCCCCAAGCCCGAGGAUUAUGUCCACCCAGUAUCUUUAGUUCUGUCUCCAAGGCCCAGGACACUUGUCAGAAGGAAGCAAAAAAAAAAAAAAAAAAAACUAGGUCCACCUCGUCACCCCAAGAACAAAGCCCCCCAUCUCUGCAACAGGGCCAGAGUGACACAGCCGAAAAAUUGCAGUUUGUCUGUAUUUCUUCUGUUUGAGCUGUUUCCAUGUUGUUCUGUUUCCAAGUUCACCUAAGUUGGGGUAUCUGUCACGGGUCUUCCUGUUUUUGUAUUUAAACCAACAGCAGCGAGCUGUCCCCCGAGUAGUUCUGCUGCCCUAGUUAACCCUUCAUGUGGACGGUCUGGCCCGUCCAGCCCUCUAGCGAGUCACGGACUCACCCGCUGUGAACCUGCCGAUCCGCUGUAACAACUCUGCUUUCAAACAAAACCCAACAAAACUUAAAAAAAAAAAAAAAGUGUUUGUGAUCCAGCUUUCUCUUUUCAUCCUAUGUGCAUGCAGUAACACCGGUUGGAUAUUAAACCAUCAAUAAAGUCUCACAAGAUUUGAAAACAAAGUUUCUGUAGCUUCGCUAUCCAA